AUGGAGGCGUCGGCGUUCAGACGCGUCACUCGUUGAUAACGCAAAACUCUACCGCUUGACUUGAUAGGAACACCAUACCGAAAAAAAAACAAAACAACGGAAAACAAGGCAACAGGCACCGGUCACACUCUGCACAUUUCUGCCAUUGCCAUGAAAUGAGGGCACCAUGGGCGCCAAGGAGUCACGGAUAGGCUUCCUUUCGUAUGACGAGGCCGUUAAAAGAGUUACCGAUGUGGAGCUCAAACGUCUGCGAGAUGCCUUCAAGAGGACCAGUGGCCUGUCUGUCUAUAUGACCCAGCAAUGCUUCUACAGGGAAGUACUGGGCGAUGGAGUUCCUCCAAAGGUUGCAGAGGUGAUCUACAACUCUUUUGGUGGCACAUCUAAAGGGCUGCACUUCAACUACCUGAUCGUUGGGCUGGUCCUAUUAACAAGAGGACGCGAUGAAGAGAAAGCCAAAUACAUCUUCAGCUUGUUCGCUAGUGAUUCGGGGACCUAUGUUGUCCGGGAGGAUGUGGAGAACAUGCUGCGUUCAGUGGAUGGGGAGGUCCCGCCCUCUCUUAGGAAGUGCUUCACAGAGGGAGAGAAGGUGAAUUAUGAGAAGUUUAAGAGCUGGCUUCUGCAGAAUAAAGAAGCUUUUACGUUCUCCCGCUGGCUGCUGUCAGGUGGGGUGUGCGUCACGUUGACCGACGACAGCGACACACCCACUUUCUAUCAAACCCUGGCAGGUGUCACACACUUAGAAGAAUCAGACAUUAUUGACUUGGAAAAGCGCUACUGGCUAUUGAAAGCCCAGUCAAGGACAGGCCGCUUUGAUUUGGAAACCUUUGUCCCUCUGGUCUCGCCCCCUAUUCACGCAUCACUUAGUGAAGGCUUGUUUCAUGCCUUUGAUGAGAAUCGGGACAAUCAUAUUGACUUUAAGGAGAUAUCUUGCGGGCUCUCAGCGUGCUGUCGGGGCCCUGUAGCGGAGAGGCAAAAGUUUUGUUUUAAAGUGUUCGACAUAGAUCGGGAUGGCGUUCUGUCCAGAGAUGAGAUACACGAGAUGGUGGUGGCGCUGCUGGAGGUGUGGAAGGAUAACCGUACAGACAUUCUCCCUGAGUUUGAUUCCAGCGUGUCAGACAUUGUGGAGGACAUACUGAAAAUGCAUGACACAACAAAACAAGGGCAUUUAACCCUGGAGGACUAUCAGAUAUGGAGUGUGAAAAGUGCCCUCGCCAAUGAGUUCCUCAACUUGCUGUUUCAGGUGUGUCAUAUCGUCCUGGGCCUGCGUCCUGCUACCCCUGAAGAGGAAGGCCAGAUCAUUAGGGGUUGGCUGGAGAGGGAGAGCAGGCACGGGCUACACCCCGGUCAAAACUGGUUCCUGAUCUCAAUGCAGUGGUGGCAGCAAUGGAAAGACUAUGUCAGAUACGAUAAUAAAUCGAUUGUCAUGGAGCAGCCGUCGGUGCAGGGCAGUGGGAUGAGAACUUCUCAGUCUACAGCAACUAUAGAGCCGGUCCUGAACAGAAUUGGAAUGGUGGUCCGUUCCCCCAGUUCCCCAGAGGAAAAAUUCCCUGAUAACAUCUCCACCUCAUCAGAGGCCUCAGAGAGCACUGGUAAUAGCCUGACCCCACAUGCCACUUCCUCUGCCACAGACGUUUGCUUUGCUCGGCAGCACAACAUCUCUGACAACAACAACCAGUGUUUCUCCAGCGCCAAUGGCCAUUUGCCCAACAGUAUGGCCGCGCAGAGACCUGGUGCCAUAGACAACCAGCCUCUGGUGACCACCGAUCCCAUGAAGGCGCCCACGUUGACUAUGGAGGGAGGCCGGCUGAAGAAAUCCCAACAGCUGGUGGCUGGUCGAGACUUUGAGACUGUGCCAGAGCCGGUAUGGAGGGCACUUUACCACUGGUAUGGGGCCAACCUCAGCCUGCCCCGACCGGUCAUCACGUCUACAGUCACAGCUCAACCAGAGCUGGAGCUCUUUCCCCGCUACCUUCUGUUCCUGCGCCAGCAGCCGGCCACACGCAGCCCUCAAUCUAACAUCUGGGUCAAUAUGGGUAUGAGCAGCCUGCGAAUGUUCCCUCCACAUAUGCCCCGAGGAAACGUUCCUUCUCCGAACGCCCCGCUGAAGCGAGUGCUGGCAUACACAGGCUGUUUCAGCAGGAUGGGCACCAUUAAAGACAUUCAUGAGUACCUGUCCCAGAGGUUACGCAUCAAAGAAGAGGACAUGCGCCUCUGGCUCUACAACAGCGAGAAUUACCUCACUCUCCUAGACGAUGAAGAUCACACUUUAGAAAGUUUGAAAAUUCAAGACGAACAGCACUUAGUCAUUGAGGUUCGAAACAAAGAUAUGAGCUGGCCAGAGGAAAUGUCUUUCAUUGCAAACAGCAGCAAAAUCGACAGACACAAAGUUCCUACCGAGAAAGGUGCCACAGGUUUAAGUAACCUGGGUAACACGUGCUUCAUGAACUCCAGUAUUCAGUGUGUAAGCAAUACUAAGCCCCUCACUGAGUACUUCAUCUCAGGGCGACACCUUUAUGAGCUUAACAGAACCAAUCCAAUUGGAAUGCGUGGUCACAUGGCCAAAUGCUAUGGCGAUUUGGUACAGGAACUCUGGAGCGGCACCCAGAAGAACGUUGCACCUCUGAAACUCCGGUGGACGAUAGCAAAGUAUGCACCAAGAUUCAACGGCUUCCAGCAGCAAGACUCCCAGGAGCUUUUGGCCUUCUUGUUGGAUGGGCUUCACGAAGACUUGAAUCGUGUGCACGAAAAGCCGUACGUGGAGCUCAAGGACAGCGAUGGACGGCCAGAUCAUGAAGUGGCCACAGAGGCCUGGGAAAACCAUUUACGGAGAAAUCGCUCUAUUGUGGUCGACCUGUUCCAUGGCCAGCUUAGGUCCCAGGUGAAGUGCAAGACCUGUGGCCAUAUCAGCGCCCGCUUCGACCCCUUUAACUUCCUGUCGCUGCCGCUUCCCAUGGACAGCUCCAUGCACUUAGAAAUCACAGUUAUCAAGCUUGACGGUUCCACUCCGGUGCGGUACGGGCUCCGUCUCAACAUGGAUGAGAAAUACAUGGGCCUGAAGAAACAGCUGAGCGAGCUGUGCAGCCUGAAACCUGAGCAGAUCCUACUAGCUGAGGUUCACACGUCCAACAUCAAGAACUUUCCUCAAGAUAACCAGAAGGUGCGACACUCUGUGAAUGGCUUUCUGUGUGCAUUUGAAAUCCCUGUACCUGGCUCUCCAACCUCAGUCACCUCUCCAAUGAUAACCGAAAAACCACCUAUGGCUAAUGGGACAGCAGGGAACAAUCACAUUGGAAAGUCUGGCCUGAUUCCAAAUGGCAUGCCCAGCACAGUGGUCCCCUGCACCCCAGAGAAGCCACUCGCCAAUGGUAUCCCUAAUGGCCAUGCUGUGCUGUUGCAAGACAGCCCCUUCAUUGGCUACAUCAUUGCUAUGCACAGAAAGAUGAUGCGGACGGAGCUGUACUUCCUGUCCUCUCAGAAGAACAGGCCCAGUCUGUUUGGUAUGCCACUGAUUGUGCCAUGCACAGUUCACACAAGUAAGAAGGACCUGUAUGAUGCCGUGUGGAUUCAGGUCUCCCGACUUGCCAGCCCUCUGCCGCCACAGGAAGCCAGCAACCAUGCUCAAGACUGUGAUGACAGUAUGGGCUACCAGUACCCCUUCACUCUGCGAGUGGUGCAGAAAGAUGGUAAUUCCUGUGCCUGGUGUCCCUGGUACAGGUUCUGCAGAGGCUGCACAGUGGACUGUAAUGAAGACAGAGCGUCUUUGGGGAAUGCCUACAUUGCUGUAGACUGGGACCCCACUGCGCUGCACCUUCGUUACCAGACCUCUCAGGAAAGGAUAGUGGAAGAGCAUCCCAGCGUUGAGCAGAGUCGGCGCGCUCAGGCAGAGCCCAUCAGUUUGGACAGCUGUCUGAAAGCCUUCACCAGUGAAGAAGAGCUGGGAGAGGAUGAGCUGUAUUACUGCUCCAAGUGUAAAACCCACCGCCUGGCCACCAAGAAGCUGGACCUCUGGAGGCUGCCUCCUGUACUGAUUGUUCAUUUGAAGCGCUUCCAGUUUGUCAAUGGUCGCUGGAUUAAGUCUCAGAAGAUUGUUAAGUUUCCACGCGAGAGCUUUGACCCCAGUGCGUUCCUCGCCCCACGGGAGGUGGCUCAAAGCAUGGGCAGCCUGCAGAGCCUGCAAAGUGAAUGCCUGGUAGAGGAGCUCCAGAAACUGGAGAAAGGAGACUCCUCUGUGUCCUCCAUCUCCACUACUACUGUUGCCAGUCCUCCCUCUUCUGGCAGAGGCACCCCGUGCUCUAUCAGGAGGGUGGGCAGCCCACUGAGCAAAAACAGCAGUCCUAGCAGCAGCCCGAGGAAUACAGGGCGGAAGCAGGGGCGUCUGCGUCUUCCCCAGCUGGGCAGUCGACAUCGACUCUGCAACAGCAAAGAAAAUCUAGAAGCCUGUAGCAGCAGCAAAGAGAGCGAGAUCGAGACGGAGCAGAGCACAGUGACGGACGGAGAGAAUCACAUGGGGUCUGAUGCAAACGCACAAGACACCUGGUCACUGGAUGCCUCAAGCAAUGACUGCGAUGUAAUCAUGGUGAAUGGAUUAGGACAAGACAGCAGUCAGAGUAAUGGACACUCAGAAGUCAGCGCAGACCUGGACACCCCUCACCAAAGAAAUGACAUCUUCCUGGAGCCCCUGUACAAUUUAUAUGCAAUCUCAUGCCAUUCAGGAAUAAUGGGAGGGGGGCACUAUGUGACUUAUGCCAAAAACCCCAAUGAAAAGUGGUACUGUUACAACGACAGCAGCUGCAAGGAAGUUCACUCGGACGAGAUUGACACAGAUUCGGCUUACAUCCUGUUCUACGAGCAACAGGGAGUGGACUACUCACAGUUCCUGCCAAAAACAGAGGGCAAAAAGAUGGCAGACACCACUAGCAUGGACGAAGACUUUGAAUCUGACUACAAGAAGUACUGUGUGCUGCAGUGAUGCCAUGCUCUUCCACGUCAAAGACACUAGGGGGGUCUGUCAGCACGCCAGUGCAGUGAGAACAGAAAACGCACGCCGCCCCAGCGGACCGUCAUUUGUGAAAGCACAAAAUAUCAGUUCUCACCGCCGCCGACCGCGCUUUCAGAAUAGAGGUACCUGACACUUCAGAUACACCAGGGAGAGGGCGAACGAGCCAAUCAGAACCGUAGCGAUCAUGUGAUUGUUGCCAAGCAUACAUAUACAACUGUUAGCCAAUCCCUUGAUAGCAGACAGAUGAAUCCAAAAAUCACACGACAUUGCUAAUAUGCACAGAACGGAAAUUAUAGAGGUUUCUCUCUUUCAUUGGCUUAGUUUUGUUUUCUCUUCAGCAAGUUCCAUACACUACCUCACAUCUUUCGCAGUUGGCCAACUCUUCAUAGAAAAUCAGUGUGACAGUAUUAUAUCAUCUGAGGGCAGGUAAAAUCACUUCUACUUUAUAUACAAAAUUAAUAAACAUCCUCCCCCUCCUCCGCUGCCAAAUUAUGCACAUGCUUUUAUUUUUUAGUUUUAAAUCUUAUGAUGGUUACUUUGAGGUUUCUCUUAAGAGGAGUACUUUUUUAUCCAUUUAUUUUUAUCAGUCUUCUUUUUUUUUUUUCUUCUUUUUUUUUUAAUGCAGUUGUUCACUUUGCCUAAACGCGUUCGCUUACAGCUCUUCGCAGUCUGACCAAACCACGUCCUCUCAACAAAUGUGCACCUUUCAACACGUUUUCCUGUUAGCACUGUAUUUUUUGCUUCACAAAAUACUGUUGACCACAGAGACUAAAAGUAGAUACAUAUCUAACAAUUUCUCACCAGGGAAACUCGCAAGUCCAAGCCAAAGUGUUCAGCUGGUCAUGUACAUACCGUUAAAUGAGCACGUGAGAGCUCUGUUGCGUUAACAGUAUUAGCACGGAAGAUAUUUCACAAGCUUUGCUUCUCGAGAACGGCAUUCUCACUAAACUGCUGAACGGUCCAGACGUCUGCAUCGUAGGGAACGCCAGGUUAUUAGUAGCAUUUCUUCAGUGACUCUUGAUACGAGAGCCUACUUUAAUUACCACUGUGAAAAGAUGUAUGAAAUACUGAACGGCUUAUUUUUCAGCAACUCGUCAAUUGAGCGCCGGGAAUCGUUCGCAAACAUCCAUUUUGCUGCUGUACUUUUCAGAUUUCCAGAUGGAUAUUCAAACUAAACGUUUGCCAUUAAAAACAAGGUUUAUCCCUGUCAAAAAAAAAAAAAAAAGAAAUGUGAAAUAGACAAGCCAGUUAUUAAUCAUCAUAAUGAGUCAUGCAAAUAUAUGGACUGUAAACACUUUAUAGGUAUUUUAAUGUUAUCCAAAAUCAAAAUAUCACGAAUCUCCGAUUCAAAUUGGCCGUCUGCGCAAUUAGAGUAGCCGCAAAAUAUGUUUUAAACAUUUACUGAUUGUUUUCUUUUUAUACAGGGAUAAUUUAUUAAAAUGGCAAAAUGAUCUCUUUUUUCAAGUAGUGCAAUCGACUACUGAUGUGUCUUUGUCUAUGUCGUUAGUCCUAAUUUUGUUAAAUUAAUUUUGAUGAACUGCUAGAGAUGUAUUAAUUUAAUGAACUUUAUUUUGUAAAGUGUUGUUUAAAGAAUAAAAUUGACAUUGCACUGACAAAUGUACAUAAACGUUUUUGUAAAUACGCCAAUGAAAAUGAUGUAUUUGAAAAUGAAACUGUACAAAUGUACUUGUAGUUGUAUAUGGAGUGAUACUGUUGAUCUGUAACAAUUAUUCGAAGUUAAAGGAAUUAAAUGCAAAUCCAAAUGCGA